AUGUCUAUAGAAUCCAUAAGAACUAAAUCAACAAUUCCAAUAAAUCGAGAGAAAAUGGUUCUUAAUACUUCGGAUGAUCCUGAAUUAUUAUCUUCAACAAUGAAUGAAGAUAGUCAUACACCAUUAUCAGAAACAGUAACUACAUUAGCUAGUAAUGUUUAUAAAGAAUUAGAGCGUAUUAUUAAAAAGUUUGGUGAAAAUAGUGUUAAAGAUUUAAUGCCUGUUAUGAUUUCAACAUUAGAAUCACUUGAUAGUGCAUUACAUGAACGUGAAGUAAAUAAACUUGAAAUUGAAUCAUUAAAAGAACAAACUGAACAAUUAUUUCAACAAUAUGAACGUGAAAAAAGUUUUCAUAAAGAAUAUCAACAGCGUUAUCUUCAAGUUGAAGAUCAUCUUGAAGAAAUAAAACGUGAAAAUGAAGAAAAAUUACGAAGUCUUGAAUCAAUUGUAAAAAUUUUUGAAAUUAAAACACGUAAUGCAUCGGAUCAUAUUGGAAGAUUAGAAGAUAAAGAAAAUGAAAUGAAACAAGAAUAUAAACGUUUACAUGAUCGAUAUUGUGAAUUAUUCAAAGUUCAUUGUGAUUAUAUGGAACGAACAAAAAUUUUAUAUGGAACUGAUCGAUUAGAUCAAUCAGCUACUAAUACAAAUUCUCAAUCUCGUGGAAAUCUUCAAUUAUCAUCAACCUCUCAAGUAUCAAAUGAAAAACAAACCGAUAAAAUGGCUUCUCAUGAUUCAGAUAUUUCUCUUAUAUUAUUAAAGCAACGUCAUAUUGACAGUAAUUUUCGACCUGAACUUGAAAUUGUUGAUGCUAAACAUACACAAACAGAAUCUAUGACAAGUAAUGAUGCAGCUGUAAAUACUGCUAAAUUGGCAAAAAUUUCAAUGAUGGAUGAAAUAUCUUUAAAAGAUUUUACAUCAGGUGCGAUAGUUAUUGAUUACCAUGAAAAGAAUUAUCUUGAAAAAUAUAAACGUGGAAUAUUCAUGAAAUUACGAAAUCUCAAUCUUUUACCGAAACCAUUUGAUGAACAACAAUUUUUCGUAACUGAAGAUGAAUUUGAACAGACAAAUAAUAGUACAGGUGAUCUUGAUGAUGAUGAUGAUGAUGAUGAUAUAUCUGUGGAUGAUACUAAAAAUUUGGAAGCUUUUGAUAAAGAAACACGCAAUGAUAAUAUUGAUAUAUCAGAUGUUGAUGCAUCGGCUGAUUUAUUUGUUCGACAAAGUUUUUACGGCAUGACAAAGGAAGUUUCAAAUUUAAUCAAAGAAAAUAAUGAACUUUUAGAAACAAAAAAUGCAUUAAAUGUACUUAAAGAUGAUUUAUUAGUAAAAAUCGAAGAAUUAUCUAAUGAAUUAGAAAUAGCUCGAGAAGAAGUUGAUUCAUUACAAACAGUUCGAAGUCGAUUACAAUCAAGAAUUACUGAAAUUGAUGAAGAACUUCGAAAAACACGUGAAGAACUUGAAAAGAAAAAAGAAGAAGAGGAAAAUGUACCGACCGAAGAUAGAAAACGUUUUACACGAGUCGAAAUGCAACGUGUUCUACUUGAACGUAAUCAAUAUAAACAACGUUUAUUUGAACUUGAAGAAGCUAUACAUCGACAGGAUGCUUUACGGGCAUCACGAUAUGAACAAUUAUAUCCAUCAUCAACAAUAAAUACAAAUAAUGAUAAUCUAUUUGAUCAAAUACAAAACAAAAAUAGACCAAUGUUCUUAAAACUCAAAGGGGCACACACAAUAAUACAUGAACAGCAAACAGUACAAGAAAAUUCUUCAUCAACAUCAAUAACAAAUUCUUCAGAAACUACAUCUACAUCGAAAUCUUUGUGGCGUAUGUUCAGUGAAGACUGGCUACCCACAUCGAUUGUACCUUCAAAUAUAUUAGGUGUACCUGUUGUCGAUAUUCAGAGUGAUUUGAGAGAGGGUACAACACAAAUUUCUGAGUUUUUUUCGGGUUUAUUUGGUAGUACUGCCAAAGAUGUCUCACCUAAACGUGCAAUUACAACAACUACUACAACCAAUUUAUCAUCAUCAACUGGAACUUUAUUGAAACAUAGUCCAAUAAAUGAUAAUCAAAUUGAAUCGGCACGUACUACAAACAAAAAUCAUCCAUCAGAACGACCGAUUAAUGAAAGUGUUGUUAUUGAUCCAGUACAAAAGUCCUCAUCAACACGUCAAGAUAAUUCAAUUUUAACAGAUGAUGAUAAUCGUUUUCAAGCAUAUGGUUGGAUUUUAUCAUCAAAAAAUCAUUUGAAAUCAUCUAAUAUUAAUGGUAAAGUUCAAGUUAAUGUUCCUAUACCAAUUUAUAAUCAACCGAUAUUUAAUACAAAUGAUAUAACACAAGUAAAAAAACAAAAUUCAUAUUAA